GAGGGGCUUAGUCAGCUGUAGCUCAGGGAAUAAUUAGUCAUAAGGGGCAAAAGGGCAUUGGGGGCGAUUUUGAGAAUUCCAUAACGGUUCUAAAACAGUUUGUUAUACAACGUUCAUGGUAGACAGUCCUUCCAUAUGAGCUUUCCUGAUUUGACAAUGGCAGCUGUUGACCCUGUGUUCGUUGGCGUUGGCCAAUCACCUGGCCUGGAAAUUUGGAGAAUUGAGAAACUCAAAGUGGUCCCACAAGAUCCAAAAACGUACGGAGAUUUCUACUCCGGAGACUCCUACAUUCUUCUACACACAAAGAAAGUACCCGGAUCGGAGAAACUACAGUGGGAUAUUCAUUUCUGGCUGGGGAAAAAAACAUCCCAGGAUGAGCAAGGCGUAGCAGCUUACAAGACAGUGGAGCUGGACGAUUCGUUGGGAGGUGGGCCAGUACAACACAGAGAAGUUGAAGAGCACGAAUCAAAGCUAUUUUUGUCAUAUUUCAAGAAAGGUGUAAGAUAUUUGGAAGGAGGAGUGGAGUCCGGAUUCAAGAAAGUGGAGAGGGGGAAAUAUGAGAAGAAACUAUUACAAAUUAAGGGUAAACGCAACAUCCGUGUUAAGCAGGUUGAUUGUCACUGUGAGUCUCUGAAUCAAGGCGACGUGUUUAUAUUGGACUGUGGACAAACCAUAUUUGUAUGGAGCGGUCCGAGGAGCAGCAGAACAGAGAGGAUCAAGGGCACAGAAGUUGCCAGACGUAUUCGAGAUGAAGAGAGGGGUGGAAAGGCUGUCAUACACAUCGUUGAUGACGACAGGUGGGAAACAGACGUGAAGUUUUUCAAAGUGUUAGGUUCAAAAUGUCCGAUACGGUCUGCCGAGGAAGGGGGUGACGACAGAGAGUUUGAGAGGCUCUCACAACAGGACAUCAGGCUGUUCAGGGUUUCCGAUGCGAGCGGCUCACUGGAAAUACAAGAAAUCGAAGAGAAACCUUUCACACAAGAACACCUUGAUUCAAACGAUUGUUUCAUCCUUGAUUCCGGACCCAGUGGAAUCUGGGUAUGGGUGGGCAAACAGUGCACCAAGAACGAGAAAAAAUCCGCAUGGAAAAACGCCACGGACUUCCUCGCCAUUCGUGGCUACCCAAACUGGACAAAGGUUACUCAGGUCGCCGAAAACGGGGAGCCGCCUUUGUUUAAACAGUUUUUCAGUAAAUGGCAGGAGCCCAAUGCGCAGGUGGGCAUGGGAAAGAUCCAACGGAUGGAGUCAAUAGCCAAAUAUAGCGAGGAAAAGUUUAACACCUCCGAACUCCAUCGUCGUGAAAACAAAAAAGAAGAGAAUUUACCUGACGACGGUUCUGGACAAACCAAGAUUUGGCGCAUUGAAAACAAAAGCAUGAAUCCCGUCCGAGAAGAUUUGUAUGGUGUGUUUUAUAGUGGUGAUUGUUACGUCAUCCUCUACACAUACCUCGUCAACAGAAGAGAAAAAUACAUAAUAUACUUUUGGCAGGGCUCACGGAGCACCCCAGAUGAACGAGCCGCGUCAGCCUUUCUGGCUCAGAUGUUAGAUGACAACGAGCUGGCAGGAGAAGCCUUGCAGGUCCGUGUGGUACAAAACCAGGAACCAGAGCAUUUCCUGCGGAUUUUUAGCGGUCGUAUGGUUAUUCUGAUGGGUGGCAUUAAUAACGUUACCCCAGAGGGUGAGUGUAAGAUGUAUCAGGUGAGGGGGACGAACACCUUUAACACCCGGGCUGUCCAGGUCCCCGACGUGGCCGCCUCGCUUAACUCCAAUGAUGUGUUUGUCGUGGAGACGGACUAUGACACCUUCCUGUGGGUUGGGCAGGGCUCCAGCCCGGAAGAGGCCACAAUGGCUACAGACAUGAUUGGAUUUCUCUCACCUAACAGACAGCCUGUAUUGGUGGAUGAGGGCAAUGAACCGGAAGACUUCUGGGAGGCUUUGGGUGGGAAAGGAGAGUACGUCACGGCCAAGAGAUUAGAGAACACAAAGACGUACGUUCCGCCUCGUUUGUUUCAAGCCUCAAAUGCAUCUGGAAAAUUCCGUGUGGAGGAGGUGGUGGACUUCAGUCAAGAGGACCUUUGUGAAGAUGAUGUUUUCCUGCUGGACACAUUUGAUGAGGUUUACGUUUGGGUAGGGAAAGGAGCCAAUGCCAUCGAGAAGAAGCAAGCCUUGCAAACAGCCAAAGAGUAUAUCGACACGGACCCUGUGGGUCGUACUCCCGACAGCACGCUAUUACUCCAGGUAAAACAGAACCACGAGCCGGCAAGCUUUACCUGUCACUUCCUGGGUUGGGAUCCAGACAAAUGGCAGCAUGGAAAGUCUUAUGAGGACAUCAAGGAGGAGCUGGGAGCAGAAAAUGCCGGUGUCACUCUGGUAGAUGAGGAACUGAAGAAGUACCAGCGUACAUACUCUUUUGAUGAGUUGAAGCGUCGUCUGCCGCCAGAGGGAGUAGAUGUCACCAAUAAAGAGAAUUUUCUCAGUGACACGGAGUUCGAGCAGAUUUUCGAAAUGGACAGGGAAAAAUAUGACUCGCUUCCUCGAUGGAAACAGAUUGAUCUGAAGAAAAAAGUUGGUCUUUUCUGAGCAAAAAUCAACCUAAACCGUCGGAAGUGGGCCUCUUUCGUGGUUCUUUUCAACGACAUUUGAAACAUUCUUUAGAAUGACUUGCAUAGUUUGAAACAAUGCUGUUUUCAUAUUUUACAUAUACUCACAAAUACAAAUACAUUGUAUUUCGAAUUCUGAAGUAUUAUGUAAAUACUUCUCGUUUGUGGUUCUGAAGUCUUUAUUUAAUGUGUAAGAUUCACAUUUUUAUUUCUUCAAACGUGUCCUCUAUGAAUGUUUAACGGUGGUUCCUUACAGUUAUUUUGAUACGUCAUGUGGGCCAUUACCAUCUCUCUUACAUUUUUAUGGUU